AAAUAAAAGCACUGCUGCGGUGUGCUUGCCUAUAUUGCUUUGCUUUGCCUUGCCUUGCUCUCUCUCUCUCUCUCUCAACGCGAAAAGAAAAGAGGAAAGUGGCCGGCGAUAGCUCAAUCUCUCCUUCCAUCCUCUCUCUCUCUCAACACAUAUAUACUCGAGAUACAUAUAUAUCAGUAGGAUGGAUGUGCAAACCUAGGUAGCCUUUCUAGCUGCAAACUGAUCAGCUGUACCACCUGUUGGUCUUCCUCCUCGCUCUUCUUCUUGCUGGUUGCCAGGAGCUGAGGAUCGAGAGUGCUUCUGUUGUUCGCGCGGCGAGGCGGCGGCGGCGGCGGCGGCAGCAGUGGGCGGCCGGAGACCGAUUGAUCAGAAGGAAUGUCGUCGGCCCAAAUCGCGCCGGCAGAUCAUGUGUGCUAUGUGCACUGCAACUUCUGCAACACAGUUCUCGCGGUGAGUGUCCCGGGGAAUAGCAUGCUCAACAUCGUGACAGUUCGGUGUGGACACUGCACAAAUCUACUGUCAGUAAACCUGAGAGCACUGAUGCACUCACUCCCAGAACAAGAUCAGCUCCAGGAGAAUAUCAAGGUCCAUGGCGUCAAUGGCACCUUGCAUGAUCAGUGCGGCCAUUUGGAGCUCGGUUCUUCUUCGUCCUCAAAGUUCCGACUUCCAAUGAUGUACUCGCCGCAAAACGAGCACCUGCUGCAGGAACAAACACUGAAUAAUGCUCGUCCUCCAGAGAAGAGGCAACGGGUUCCAUCGGCGUAUAACAGGUUCAUCAAGGAAGAGAUACGCAGGAUCAAGGCGAACAACCCCGACAUUAGCCACAGGGAAGCCUUCAGCACAGCAGCCAAGAAUUGGGCACAUUAUCCAAAUAUCCAUUUCGGUUUAAACUCCGGACGAGAGGGUGGCAAGAAGCUCGUGGAUGAGGCUGUUGCAGCAGCACCGGCUCCGAAAAAGAUCCAAGGUUUCUACUGAUAGAUGUCCGAGCUCAUCAAUCAUCAACUGGGUGGAAGAAUUAAUACCACAAAUUAUAAUUUACUGUAAGUAAAGAAUUAAGGGGGAAAGGGAAAGUUAAGUUAUAAUUACCUUAUACCUUAUUAAUGGGUGAAAACUUGUGAAGAGAUGUACCGUACAUAGUAACAGUGGUGAGUGAUAAGUGGGAAGUGAAGCAUACAAUCACAUGAAUUGCUAUUAGGCGCCAUGCACUUGCAUUGGUUGAACUGAGAAGACUUAAUAAACCAUUUGACGACCUACCAUAUUA